UAGGCCGAGGAGUCUUGAUCAUCCGCAGCGAUGGGAGGGCUGUGCAUCCGGCUGUAGUGACAUGGACCGUAAUGUCAGCUCGCUGAUAGGCAAAAUAGCUGGUUGAACUACACAGAAGGCUCCAGGAUUCUCUCCGCCGUUCACUUGAGAAGCUAGUGAUGGCCCUGGUCGAGGAUUCCAGUACGCACCGUCCGCGAAAGCUGCUCCUACCGUUGGCUAUUCUAUGGGUAGCUCUCGCGUUAUCUCUUCUAGGGCUACCAGCCAUUACGACAGCGGAUUCCCGUGCUCCUAUCGCCUCGUCGUCGGAAGCAUCUUCAUCAGCAGUCGUUUCUCCAGCAGUCGAUAACGCAGCAGCGGCGGCGGUGGCGGGGAAUGGCGGGAAGCAGAUCAACGCCAACGACCAGCUGCUGCCAGACUACUCCGUUCAAGUCGUGCCGGUCAACACAAGCCUCUCCACCACCCAGGCUGCAGCGGCAGUGGUGCAGACGAUGCUGACAGAAAGGGUGGUAGCAGCAGUUGGGCCGAUGACGUCCUCUCAGGCGCACGUGCUCUCAGCCAUCCACACUCAAGUGCAGCUGCCUACAGUCUCCUACUCUGCCACAGACCCCUCUCUCUCCGCCGCCUCCUACCCGUUCUUUGCCCGCACCAUCCGCAGCGACGCCCUCGAGAUGCAAGCCAUAGCAGACCUGGUGGCGCAUUUCAGCUGGCUUGAGGUGAUCACCAUCUACAGUGACGACGACUAUGGCAGGAACGGAGUCAACCAGCUCACCGUGCUGCUCGAUAAGGUGGGCAUGAUGACCCCCGGAUAUGUGUGGAUCGCCACCGAAGGAGUGGUGUCGGAGCUGGAGAACCUACCAGAGCUCUCCACGGAGGGGGUCAUUGGGACGCGCGUCUUCGUGCCGCCCAACGCGCAGCUACCACCCUCUACGCUCUCUUCGCCCAUGACUCUCUCUCCCUCAUCGCCCGCGGCCUCCACUCCGUCCUCUAUCCCAACUCCCCCUCCUCCUCCUACUCCUCCCCUUCCCCUCCUCCUCUUCCUGCUAGCAACGCCAGUGCAAGUGCCAUGGGUAUCGCUGGGAUAAUGGCAGGGGCAGGAGUGGAAAGUACGAAUGCGGGGGUGCAGGGGCUUGAGCAGUGGCAAGCAGUGAGGUUACCAAAGGGAGGAGGUGCUUCUUCCGAUCUAGCCAAAUUGCAAGAGAAUC